AUGACGUAUACUCUACUCCUUUCUACUAUAAAGUUUCCAUUUGCAGAGCAAGUCAAAGUUGAUGAGCAUGAAUGCCAGUGCCAUGGUUGUGUGAAGAAACGACAACAAAAAGAGGCGAAUCGACCAUGGAAACGUACCAAGAAGAUCUUGACUGUUCUUUUUCUUCUAUUGGCAUGGGUUGUGUUCGCGUUGAUAGUGAAGAAGGUGACGGAAAUUGAAGUUACACAUGAGGAAUAUAAUCCGUAUCAAAUUCUAGGGCUUGAUCAGGGAGCGGAUCCGGCAGCUGUGAGGAAAGCGUAUCGUGAACUAUCGAAAAAGCUCCAUCCUGACAGAGGUGGUGAUGCUCAAAUGUUCGACAAAAUAGCGAAAGCUUAUCAAGCUUUAACUGAUGAGGAAUCGCGUGAGAAUUGGGAAAAAUAUGGUAACCCGGACGGACCUACAGCAACGACGUUUGGUAUUGCAUUGCCAAAAUGGCUUGUAAGCAAGGAGUAUGGACUAUGGGUACUGGCGUUUUACGGGCUUUUGUUUAUGGUUAUUUUGCCAGUGGCAGUGGGUAUUUGGUGGUACAACUCGAUUAAAUACAAUGUGGACAAAGUGCUACUGGAUACAACACAGUUGUUUUACUACUUCUUGCAUAAGACUCCCAAAAUGGAAAUCAAUCGAAUGUUGAUGCUGCUGGGAGGAGCUUUCGAAUUUUGGAAACAGUACAACAAAGAAAUCAUCGAAAGAGAAACCGAUGAUGUUGAAUUAACCCGCCGUAUGAAGUCGCUACCCAAUCUCGGUGAAAACAAGAAAGAACGUCCACUCUCGCUUCCUUAUUCGCUUAAAGCUCGAAUUUUGAUCCAUUCAUAUCUCAAUCGUAUUCCACUGGACAACGAAGGGCUUGAGUACGAUCAACGGUUCGUAUUUUGA